GGAAAAUAUAGAAAUUCAACAUUCAUUAAUGGAAAAUAUAGAAAUUCAACAUUCAUUAAUUUAUACUCCAAUUCUGCGUUUUUUCAGAGUUAAGCUCUCUCAAAAGUCUCAAGUGACUCAAAAGCUGUACACGCUACUCACCAACUACUGUUAAGUUAAAUAUAAAACAGAGAGACACUUUAGAAAAUUUUAUUCCUCGUCACAAAGAGAAAUGCGCAGUUUUUCAGUUUUCCCGCAAUCCAGUUAGGCCUACGCCCACAUUCUUCCUUGAAUUUCGCUUCGUGACCUCGAAUCUCGUUUGGUGGGAUUACGCCGGCAAGUCGGGGCUUACCUUCAAAUUAUCUAAUUUUUUCUCUUUAGAGAGGGAGAGAGAGUGAGCUCUGAACCGGAAAAGGGAAAGCAUGAAAACUAAAUCAUUUUUGCCAAGGUGUUUUUUCUGGGGGUGCAUGAUGGCGGUGGUUCUUGGAUGUGGGCUUGUGCAAUGUGAUGUGCGUUAUGACAGAAAGAGCUUAAUUAUUAACGGGCGAAGAAGAAUUAUCAUUUCUGGUUCAAUCCAUUACCCAAGAAGCACCCCUGAGAUGUGGGAGGAACUUAUAAUGAAGGCUAAAGACGGAGGGCUGAAUGCGAUUGAGACUUACGUGUUUUGGAACCUUCAUGAGCUUUCCCCUGGCCAAUAUAAUUUUGAAGGGAGGAAUGAUCUGGUGAGGUUCUUAAAGAUCAUUCAGAGAGCCGGGCUUUAUGCAGUUCUUCGUAUUGGGCCAUAUGUUUGUGCUGAAUGGAAUUUUGGGGGUUUCCCAGUUUGGCUGAAAAAUGUACCAGGAAUUAGCUUCAGGACAGAUAAUGAGCCAUUCAAGAAUGCCAUGGAAGGCUUCACCCGGAAAAUUGUCGACCUCAUGAAGAGUGAAAAUCUGUUUGCAUCACAGGGUGGGCCAAUUAUAAUCUCACAGAUUGAGAAUGAGUAUGGUGGGUCCUUAGAAAACAGAUUUGGUGCUCAGGGCUAUAAAUAUAUGACUUGGGCUGCAAAUAUGGCAGUUCAAAUGAAUACUGGAGUCCCAUGGAUGAUGUGCAAGCAGGAUGAUGCCCCUGACCCUGUGAUCAAUACAUGCAACGGCUUCUAUUGUGAUGAUUUCAGUCCCAACAGACCUUCCAAACCUAAGAUGUGGACUGAGGCAUGGACUGGCUGGUUUACGGAGUUUGGUGGUACAAAAUACGAGAGGCCAGUUCAGGAUCUGGCAUUUGCUGUGGCUGAUUUCUUUCAGAAGGGAGGCUCAUUUGUUAACUAUUACAUGUACCAUGGAGGCACGAAUUUUGGGCGCACUGCUGGGGGGCCUUUCUUAACUACAAGCUACGAUUAUGAUGCUCCAAUUGAUGAAUACGGUAUGCUACGUGAACCUAAACAUAGUCAUCUCAAACAGCUGCACAAAGCCAUUAAGCUGUGUGAGAGAGCUCUUGUUUCGGCCGACCCCAGUGUAAUUUCUUUAGGGAGUCAUCAACAGGCUUAUGUAUACCACAAUCCAAGUUCUUCCAAAUGUGCUGCCUUCCUUUCGAAUUAUGAUACUGAGAAUGUUGUAAAAGUUUUCUUCAAUAACCAGCACUUUAAACUGCAUCCUAAGUCCAUCAGCAUCCUCGCAAACUGCCAGGAUGUCAUUUUCAAUACAGCCGUGGUUGGGGUUCAAACAUCAAAUAUGAGAAUGAUCUCCUCAGGCAUUGAGUUCUCCAACUGGGAAUCAUAUAACGAAGAUUUAACUUCUUCGGAUGGCAGCUCGACUUUCACAGCCAGAGGCCUCGUGGAACAAUUAGAUGUCACUAACGACUAUACUGAUUAUCUUUGGUACACAACCAAUGUUCAUAUUGACUCAUCAGAAUCCUUCUUGCGAGGUGGAAAGUUACCGAUUCUUUCUGUUCAGACAACGGCAAGCGUUCUUUAUGUUUACGUGAAUGGAAUCUUAUGUGGUUAUGGUUAUGGGACAAGACAAAAUAGGAGAUUUAUAUUUAAGCGAGAAGUCAACCUCCGUGCUGGGAGUAAUACGAUUAGACUUCUUAGUGUUGCUGUUGGGCUCCCAAACAUUGGUACAAGUUAUGAGCGAUGGCCUGUCGGCAUUUUGGGCACUGUUACGUUGCGGGGGCUUGACCAGGGAAAAUUAGACUUGAGCCGGCAAGUCUGGACUUACCAGGUCGGGCUCAAGGGAGAAACCAUGAAUCUCGCGUACCCAAAUGGUUUUAGUUCAGUCGACUGGGCUAUGAAUUCGCUCAUAUCCCAAAAAAUGCAGCCUUUGACAUGGAUUAAGUUGGUGCUUUUCGAGGAGCUCGGUGGAGACCCCAGCAAAAUCAGUCUCGUCAAGAGAUCGGUAGGCAGAGUCUGCGCCACUGUGGCGGAAUAUCACCCAAAUUUCAAGAACUGGCAAACCGAAAGCGAAGAUAGAAACGAAAUGAGUAUACAUCCAUCAAAGAUUCGACUUAAAUGUAAUGCUGGGCAGUUUAUUAGGAGAAUCAAGUUUGCGAGCUAUGGAACUCCUGUGGGCACCUGCGGAAGAUUCAAGACCGGAACUUGCCAUGCCCCUGCCUCAAUUGCUAUCUUAGAGAAGAAGUGUGUCGGAAAGCAGAUGUGCAAUGUGGCAAUAUCAAACUCUAAUUUUGGGCCCGACCCAUGUCCGAAUGAUUUGAAGUGGUUAUCGGUUGAAGCUCGAUGUGCUUGA